CCUCAGACCAAGACAGAAGUCGGACGCCAGGAGACGACAAAAAGGAUUCGAUUGAGCUUGGGGACAAAGGCAAGCCCUCCAUUUCCACUCAGUGGGACACACGUGGAAGAGACAGCCCUCUCUCAAAGCAAUAUGGAUUAUAAAUCUAGCCUGAUUCCGGAUGGGAACGCCAUGGAGAACCUGGAGAAGCAGCUGAUCUGCCCCAUCUGCCUGGAGAUGUUUACCAAGCCUGUGGUCAUCUUGCCUUGCCAGCACAACCUCUGCCGGAAGUGUGCCAACGACAUCUUCCAGGCUGCGAAUCCCUACUGGACCAACCGAGGUGGCUCAGUGUCCAUGUCCGGAGGCCGUUUCCGCUGCCCCUCGUGCCGUCAUGAGGUGAUCAUGGACCGGCAUGGCGUGUAUGGCCUGCAGAGGAAUCUACUGGUGGAGAACAUCAUUGACAUCUACAAGCAGGAGUGCUCCAGUCGGCCCCUGCAGAAAGGCAGCCACCCGAUGUGCAAGGAGCAUGAAGAUGAGAAAAUCAACAUCUACUGCCUCACAUGUGAGGUCCCUACUUGCUCCUUGUGCAAGGUGUUCGGGGCCCACCAGGCCUGUGAGGUAGCCCCGCUGCAAAACAUCUUCCAGGGACAGAAGACCGAACUGAGUAACUGCAUCUCCAUGCUGGUGGCGGGGAAUGACCGAGUACAGACGAUCAUCUCUCAGCUGGAGGACUCCUGCCGAGUGACCAAGGAAAACAGCCAUCAGGUGAAGGAGGAGCUGAGCCAGAAGUUUGACGCCCUCUACGCCAUCCUGGAUGAGAAGAAGAGUGAGCUACUGCAGCGGAUCACGCAGGAGCAGGAGGAGAAGCUGGGCUUCAUCGAGGCCCUGAUCCUCCAGUACCGAGAGCAGCUGGAAAAGUCCACCAAGCUUGUGGAAACAGCCAUUCAGUCCCUGGACGAGCCUGGAGGGGCCACCUUCCUCUUGAGUGCCAAGCAACUCAUCAAGAGCAUUGUGGAGGCUUCCAAGGGCUGCCAGCUUGGGAAGACAGAGCAGGGCUUUGAAAGCAUGGACUACUUUACUCUGGAUUUAGAACACAUAGCAGAAGCCCUGAGGGCCAUCGACUUUGGGACAGAUGAGGAUGAGGAGGAGUUUCUUGACGAUGAGGAAGAACAGGAAGAAGGCGUGUCCACAGAGGGGAAAGAAGGACACCAGUGAGGAGCUGGAUGAGUAGACACCCUCUGAAUGCAAAGACUGGGGGGGAGGGGGCGGGUGACAGGCCCAUCUCGGGAAGGGGUUGGGGCUCCUUGGGGGGGCACGAUGAGGAAGUAUGUCUUCUCUGCUCAGAGAGCAGGGGCUAGAGUAGGACCCCCCACCGCUGUGUCCAGCAGCUGCUGAAACACGAUUGGAAAUGUAUUCAAAACGUCACAGGACACUUUUCUACGUUGGUGCAAAAUGAAAUAUUUUGUAUGUUUUUAAAAUGUGAUUUUUGUAUAUACUUGUAUACGUAUGCCAAUUUGGUGCUUUUUGUAUGAGAACUUUUAUAUGAUCACAAAGAGGGAAGGAAGUCAAGAUAAUAGAGCUGCCCACUUUCCUCUCCGAGGUGGGAGGGCUGGGUCUCACUCAAAGGCCUAGAAAGGACAAUGUACUGUAUUUCAGCGCCCAUCCCCAAACAAGGGGAGAGGACUGAGUUUGUGUUAUAUGUUGUUUUAAUAAAUGCACAAUGGGCUGGG